AAUGGCAUCAAGGCACCAAGUGACAACGAGUUGCCGUUCUUGUCUCUGAUCUUCGAUGUCAUUGCUUGGGUCGGAAAAAUGGCCUCGGACACGAGGGAAGACGUUCGAGCAGACGACCAGUAUUUUAGAGUCUCCAUCAACGAACGAGCUGUUGAUGACAUCUCACUUGAUUUUUUCUACAAACCGCACACUAUCACGCUUUUAGUAGCAUGUAUUUCUGGACUUUUGUAUUCAGCUUUUACCAGAAAUGACAAUGUCUCAGAAGAUAAUAUCUGGAAUGGAUUCUGCACAGUCAUUUUCUUCUUUCUUAUCAUUAGUGUUCUUGCAUUUCCAAAUGGGCCAUUCACCCGACCCCAUCCUGCAAUUUGGAGGAUGGUUUUUGGUGCUAGUGUUCUCUACUUCCUUCUGCUGGUCUUCAUAUUGUUUCAAACUCAUACUGAUGUACGGCGUCUUAUUGUGUGGCUUUAUCCAGAUCUUCGGGACUCAGGGCCUGAUACUAAGGAGUAUGCAGUCAACUGUUCCAACGUAACAUUACAGCGUCUUUGGUCACACAUGGAUGUGUUCAUCCUGUGCCACUUCUUUGGUUGGGUUACAAAGGCUUUGCUUAUUCGGCAUUAUGGGAUUUUGUGGACAAUAAGCGUAAUGUGGGAAAUCACUGAGGUAGCCUUCACUCAUCUGCUACCUAAUUUUGCUGAGUGUUGGUGGGACACCCUGAUUUUAGAUGUCUUACUGUGUAACGGACUUGGAAUCUGGAUGGGUAUGUGGCUGUGUCGCAUUCUUGAAAUCCACGACUACCACUGGGAAAGUAUGAAGGAUAUCCACUCAGCCACUGGUAAAUUAAGGAGGGCAGUUCUGCAGUUUACACCUAUCAGUUGGAUGUCUGUGCGCUGGUGGCAUCCACACUCCACUUUGACAAGAAUCCUGGCCACUUGGCUUCUAAUAGUUGUGUGGCAGCUUUCAGAGCUCAAUACAUUUUUCUUAAAGCACAUUUUCUUUGUGCCUCCUCCACAUAUACUGAACCUUAUCCGACUUCUUCUCAUCUGUGUCAUCUCAGCUCCCACUAUCAGGCAGUUCUAUGUGUAUGUGACGGACCCUAGGUGCAAACGCUUGGGCACGCAAUGUUGGGUUUUUCUUGCCAUCACCCUAACAGAAACUAUCAUCAGCAUCAAGUUUGGAGCUAAAAUGUUUAAGGAAACAGUCAUCACAAACAUACUCAUCUGGCUUCUUGUCCAGAUGUUGGGGAGUUUCCUGUGUAUUUAUCUUUGUGCCCUAGUAGCCAGGCGUUGGAAUAAGUGGAAGGCAUAUGAUGAUCAAGAGGACUCUCCUGUUCGACAAGUCCAAAAUGGCCAUUACCCAGAUUCAGAUCAUUUGUCACUGGCACAUAAAGAUCUCUCCACUGACUGCAAAAUGACAUCUACAGGAGACAAAACCACACGUCAGCGUCAGUCAAUUAAAGGUUCAUCUGUGUCCAAUGGAACAGUUCACAAAGCUGAGAUUGACUAAUUUCAGUUUAGAAUAAAAUGGUCAUCUUACAUGUCAUAUUGUGUGUCUGACAUCUUAGCUAUCACAAUUGUCAGACAUUAUUUAUGAAGCAAAAUACAGUCAUAUUGAUAUUAUAGGUAAAUGUAUGUUAUAUAAACAUAUCUUAAGUCUUGAACUGACUUUUCUGAUUCUUAUGGAAAAUGACAGGCACAGUCAACUAUACACAAUCUCUUUGGUGUUAAUCCUAUGUGUUACUCAGGCUGAUAAAUAAACUUAUACAAUAGCAUAGGUUUAACAUAGUCAAGUAAAUUAAGCAGAAGAACUUCAAUUUUGUUUCAGUUUUGAAAUGUACUUUGCUCAGUUGUGAUGUAAUUUUUUUUUCAUGAGACAAUUAGGCAAUGAUUUUUAAAGACAUCAUUCUUCUAGUUCUGACAAGAUCCCUCAGACUUGAGCCUUUUUAUUUGCUGCUUGAUUUGUUCAGAUAUGUGAGAAAACAGCAGUUAUGCUACACCUAACCUGUGUCAAUGAAGGAAAAAUCUAUAUGGUGUAAUACUGCAAAGGUACUUAAAAGAUACAUGUUCUUCUCAGUCCUGAAACUACCCUCCUCACCAUGAUGUUGUGCUAUUACUGCUGUUUUCACCUGCAUUUAAACUACUUGCAGUGAAGAACAUGUUAAUAUUUUGUUUUCUGCUGAUAUCUAUGCAGAUUAUUUGCUUUGUCAUUUUUCAUUGCAUUUUGCACAGAAAUUUUGACAAUAACUAAAGGAUUUUUUCCUCCAUGCAUUUUCAAUUAAAACAAUUAGAAUGAAGAGAACAAUUACAAAAAAUUAUAUUACAAAAUUAAAUGACAUCCAAUACAAAUAUAGACUGGAUAAAGUGAAGAAAGUUCAUACCCUAACCUCAAUUCCUACUUUAAAAUGUGGUCACACGGUUGUUACUUAUUGUCUUUAUAGCUUCCAUGCCCUUUAUGGAAAAAAACCCUAUUCUCCAUUGGUACAGCAAUUUUCUUUUAAUAGCUUUUUUUUUUUUACAUAUUUGAUCAUACAUAUAUUUCUCAUCUUGACUAUGGCGCUGUAUAUGAACAUGAACUAGACAUUCUUAACAUUUGUUGACACUGAACUAUAAUAGCAGAGUGAGAAGUGGCAGCAUUGAAUAUCUUCACUUAUUUUUGUACAGGGCAGCAUAACCUGAUUAGACCAUACCAUACCAGUUCACCUUUCAUUGCAAGAGCAUGUUGCAUGUAUUCUGGCCUGGCAAUAAAUGACUUUGCCUCAGGUGUUAACAUCCUAUUAACUAGGUAGGCCUCUUGUUAUGCUGCGAAUGUCAAAAUAACCCAUUUCAUUAGUAGUUAUCUUUUUCAAGGAUUUGGGUAGCAUGAAACAGAUAGUUUUCUAGCAUCAAAAGCAUAGGAAGGUUGCUAUAUUAACUGCUGAUUGAAUGGGAAAGACAGUGCGCAUACAUCAGGGUAGCACUACAAACACUUAUCGGCACUGUUAAUCUCUUUCUUGUUCCCUAUUACUACUGCGUUGGGUAAGGAAGCUGUUUAGGAUCAUUUAUUUCUUUUUGUCAUUUAAAGUAUGUCUUAGUGUUGUCAUUCUAAUGCAUUUUGAUUUUCUACUGUGCUGCAUUUGGAACAACCCUCACAAUUUUGUUUCUAAUUUGCACAACAAUUCUUUCAUGCCAAUAAUGGCAUGAUUGUAUGCCAGACCAAGCAGUUCCAUUGCAGCAGAAUAGUCUAAUUAUUAGCCUUGUCAGGACAGUUGUUUGAUCAGAAUAUCACACAAUCAGUGUCAGACUGGGAUUUUCUUCUAAGCUGCUGUUGUACUCAGUUUAGUUUUAUAUGCUUGUGAAUAAGUAAAACUUGAUGUGUCCUUAAAAACAGACGGGAAUCAUUGCAAGGAUCACCACAGUGAUUAAUGGCAAUGGUGCAACAUGGCUGUCUUCAUUUUUGUGUCAAGCAAACAAGUCAAAGACUUGUUUAUUUUUUAUCUAUCUUUGCAUGUAUUUUAUACAUUAAAAAAAUACCUAGUGCAAUCCCUAGUUAUGUGAUCCAAACCUUUGGCACUCCAUUACUUUUUACUUCGAAUCAGAGGGGUGUAGUCUGUUUCUGACUUAUGCUGUCCAAAGCUGGAUGUGGUUUGUAGAGGGAUUUUUGAUGGUGUGGGUGUGUGUGUGUUUCUGUGUUUGUCGGUAUCUCUUCGUUAAACUCCCUCCGUGUCUUCAAACAAGGUAGUUAAUGAGGUCUUGCAUAUUUAGAAAUCAUUGUGUUCAUAUUUUUUCCUUUCAUUUGUAGAUGAUGCAUUUAUUUAUCAAGGAUGACACGGUGAAGGCGUAUAAUGUUGGAGAUGCAUGCAUUGGAAUUAGCAUGGGGGAAGAGAGGGAAAUGGUAUUUUCUGCUUGGGAUACACUUCUAUGUGUUCUACAUUGUGUGUGUGUGUGCACACAUGUACAUGUACAUAUUGGUGUAUGUAAGGCACUUUAAGCUUCAGGUGUAAUGACACUAUAUAAAUGUAUUCAAAAAUACAUAGCAUGAAUAACUUUGUGGCAAAGAGUUAUAAUACGGGUUAUGCAAUGCUGAACUUUCAAGCUUCAAAUAUUAGUUUCUUUCAGAUACUCUGGAAAGGAUGAUACACACAGUCGAAAACCUGAAAACUGCUCAGUAUAUUUUGUAUUAAUAUGUGUGGGGCAGUCCAGACAGAUGCUAUCAGCAGCACUCUUGCUGGGGCUUGCAAACAACAAACUCCAUUAUUUACAGAGUUGGAAAGUAGACCAAAAGGAAUCUCAUUCCGCCUUGCAUUUAGCCAUCAGUGGUGAAAACUAUUUUAUUUUUGAGUCUUUUCAUAUCUACUUCCUUUGCUAUUACUUUAGGAGUUUUUGCAGUAAAGCAUAUUAACACAAAAUAAGCACAUUGAAACACCAGUUUUAGUAGCAUUGUCUGUUGGAACAGAGUGCUCCCUACAACUUCCUAUGCUUUAGAGGAGGAUGCCAUGCUUGAGUGACUUGUCUUCUUUAUGAAAGUUGUUGGGAUGACAGAUCUUUUGGCAAGGUGUUAACAGAUCUGUAACAUUAUUUUAAUUUCAGUAUUUGUUAGUAACCUUUUUCAUGUCAUCAAACUAUUGCUGUUUUGACCAAUAAAGACGAUGUUCAAUCAAAGUGAUAA